AUGGCUUCAAAAGGAAUUUGUCUAUGGCUUGUAUUUAUGAUUAUUACACAAUCAGUUGGAGAAGAUAUGCGAUCAGUUCAAAUGUCUUUAAUGCGUGGUUGGAAAUUUCAUUGUGCUACUAUACCUUGUUUACCAUUGGCAAGUAUCAUUACGUCGACUAUUAUCAAGUGUCAAAUGGCUUGUUUAGCUCAAAUUUAUUGUAGAGCAGCCAGUUUUCAUCAAUCAACUUCUAAUUGUGAAUUAUUUAGUGAUAUGUCAAAUGAAAUUACAAAUAUGCAGACUGAUACCGACAUUACCACUAUGAUUGUUAUUGCUGGAACACGAUCUCUACCUGUAUGUACCUGGUCACAAACUGCUACUACUAUAUUUGGUAGCCAAGCAGGUACAUCUGGCUCUAGUCUUUCACUUCUCAAUAGUCCUACUGGAAUGUAUUAUGACCAACCUAAUAAUCGAUUAAUCGUUAGCGAUCUUGAAAAUCAACGUAUAUUACAGAUUUCUCUCAAUAGUUCACCUUCAGUUGCAACAGUAAUUGCUGGAAGUAAUGGACAGGGUUGCAACAUGAAUCAAUUUACGGCUAAUAUUGGAGUAGGUCUUGAUAGUUCAGGUAACUUGUACGGAGCAGAUCUCCAUUGCAACCAGGUCGUUAGAUUUCCAUCAAACUCAAAUUCCGCGACAUCUGGAACAUUGCUCGGUUCUAUAGCUGCACCAGCAUUAAUAUCCAUAAAUCAAUUGACUAAUGAUAUUUAUGUAGUUGGUAAUAGUAAUAAUGCAAUAUACAAGUUUGUUGGAGGUAGUGGAUCACCGGUGGUUGUAGCAGGUGGCAAUGGUAAUGGAAAUGCUUUAAAUCAGCUUAACGGCCCAAAUGGUGUUUACUAUGAUUAUUUAUAUACAAAUGCUUUGUACGUUGCCGACCUUAGUAAUAAUCGUGUAAUGAAAUUCCCAUCAGGUUCAACGAGUUCAACUUAUGGAACGGUUGUCGCCGGAGGCAACGGAGCUGGAAAUGGAACGAAUCAGUUGAAUGGUCCAAGAUCUGUAGUGGUAGAUAGUGGUGGAACUCUCUAUAUACUUGAUAGAAAUAACAAUCGUGUUCAACGUUGGCUGCCAAAUGCGACUAAUGGUACUACAAUCGUUGGUGGUACACAAGGAACAGGAUCGAAUCAACUCUAUUGGCCUGAAUCACUCGUCUUUGAUAGUUAUUAUAAUCUAUUGGUUGUUGAUAGAUAUAAUAAUCGAAUACAACGCUUUAAUUUAACAUCAUGCUAA